AUGACCUCUCAGAAGGCCCCUGAGGUUGAAAAUGACGACGAUUUUAGAGUUCAUGUGUUCUCUUCGUCAUCCGAGUUGCUUGAAAAUCUUCAUGAAAUAUGGAGUUCAGUGGAGAAACAACCAUACCCUGCUAUGUAUUCUAGUAUUUUUGGAGGUAUCACACUUGAUCCAGCAAUGAUGGUAAUCCCCAUCGAUGAUCACAUGGUACACAGAGGGCAUGGUGUGUUUGAUACAUCCAUUGUUCUAGAUGGAUACCUCUAUGAAUUGGAUGUUCACCUUGAUAGAUUCCUAAGGUCAGCCUCCAAAGCAAAGAUAUCCUCUCCCUUUCCUCUAUCAACGCUUCGCAACAUUAUUAUACAACUGACUGCAGCAUCAAAAUGCAAGAAGGGAACUUUAAGAUUUUGGCUCAGUGCAGGUCCUGGGAAUUUCUUGCUGUCAUCAGCAGGAUGUCCAAUAUCUGCAUUCUAUGCAGUAGUCAUUGAGGAUGAUUUUUCCCAAUGCAAAGAGGGAGUUAAAGUGAUUACUUCCAACGUGCCAAUGAAGCCUCCUCUAUUUGCCACAACUAAAAAUGUGAAUUAUCUUCCAAAUGUCCUUUCAGUAAUGGAAGCUGAAGAGCAAGGAGCAUUUUCUGCUAUAUGGGUGGAUGAGGAAGGUUAUAUUGCUGAAGGUCCAAAUGUGAAUGUUGCUUUCAUAACUCAAGACAAAGAACUUCUCAUGCCUCCUUUUGAUAACAUCCUACAUGGUUGCACUGCAAAAAGGCUCCUUGAAUUGGCACCCAAGUUGGUUGAUCAAGGGCUUCUGAAAGGUGUAGCAACUAAAAAGCUAACUGUGGAAGAAGGUAAAGCUGCUGCUGAAAUGAUGUUUGUGGGAAGCACACUUCCUCUAUUGCCUAUCAUCAUCUGGGAUGAUCAACCCAUUGGCAAUGGAAGUGUUGGGGAAUUAACGAUGCAACUUUCAAAUUUGCUGUGGGAUGACAUGGUAACUGGCUCUGACACACAGAGAAUACCUGUUCCUUACGUUUAG